AUGUUGCUGAUUGACGAUACCCGGUAUCUAUCCUUUGGCAAAAUGGUCUGCUGCCUCAAAGGUGGCAAGAUGGAUGCUUCGGGCGAAUUCGCCUGUAAAAUAUGCAACUUAACCUGCAACUCGGCUGAACAGUUGCGGUCGCAUCAGAGUGGCAAGUCGCACAUUAAAAAAUGUGGUAAAUCGUUCUCCGAAUCAGAACAAAGGCUGGCCAUCUACUAUGUCCCCUUUCAAACCUCACCAGUGGUAGAACAUGAAGACUUGAUGACGUGUGUGUCGUGCAAUAAACAAUGUUUGCCUGCUGAAAUGCUUAGUCAUGUGUGCGAACCUACGUUCUACGGUAGCACCGACUCUUGUUUGGGUUCUUCGUUCUCCUCGACUCUGUCACCUACUACAUCUACUGAAGCGCCAUCGCCUGCUUCUCAGCCUUCCAGUCUUUCACCUGAAACCGUCUCUAAACGACCCUACUUCUGCCACGCUUGCGACGUCCAGCUGAACUCUCAAGUCGACUUCGACCUUCACGUCACUGGGAGACGCCAUAAAAAUCGAUCGGACGAAAUUUCACUCCUUGUUAAGCAGGCUGAUGGGGAACGUUGUUGUGGUAAUGUGGAUGUUCCGCCGUCUUCUCUCCUCGUUGACCUUGUCGUCGAGGGUGGCGACCAUUCUUACAUUGACUCCACGUUUCCUGCUUCGUCAGCAUUAGUUCGUGGGCCCACUGCUCUGUCCUCUUUCUGCGCGACCCCGUCAGAUGGUGUCUCGCCAUACUACUGUGCCACGUGCCGAGUUAGCCUGAACUCCAAACAAUUCGAUUCUCAUGUUAAUGGUAGGGGGCAUCGGAGCAAGGCCGUGGCUGUUUCCGAAAGGCUGGGCGACCCGCUACUCUACGGUAUAGUUGAUCAAAGCCGCUGUCUUUCGAAAUCGCGAAGUUCUUCCGACGGUAUUGAUUACCUGAGCCUGUUGCGCCUUUUCCUUUUCUUUUCCUCUUUUCUUUCUCAACCACCAAAGAAUUCGAUACUCUGUGAUCUAUGCAACGUCCCCGUGACCAUCCAAACUCUGCCAGCCCACAACAAAGGUCGUGCUCACCUCUGGAACGCCGCAAUGGCUGACUGCGCCACUGUUUGCAAAACUGAACUCACCGAACCUCGUCUUGUCCAACGCAAAUUCAGCGCCACCCUUAAUUACCUAAUCGAGUCCCUAGCGCUUACUGGCAUCAAGCCAACGCGCCUAGUGGAGCUGGCCCACUCCGAGACCAACGCCAUCCUGCGGUUGUCGAAGGCAGAGGAGCCCCAGGUGACCCAGCUGGGCCUCUUGACGGUCCUCAGUUUGGUGCGAGCGAACUGCGCCGCCAUCUCCUCGCCGCACUGCUUCGCCGUGUGGAUCUGCGCACGCAAAGAGGACGUGGCGCGGCGUUUCGAGGAGGCCCACAGACUGGCCUCGGCUUCACGGGAUCCAGUGUGUAUCUUGAACGUCCAAAAGAAGGACCUAUGCGUUGGUGGCUUGUGUCGUGGAAUAACACAGCAUGAUGUGCACUUUUCCACACCAGGCGGCUUCUCCAAUCUGCUAGAAGAGUUUCCGAACUUGCAGAACGCCGUGUGCGCCAUCCUCUUCACGGACGUCGAGCAGUGCUUCAGCAACGAUCCCACGGAACGCUUGUUGGGACAGUACGUCAGACCCUCAAUCGAACUCAGCAAACAGGCUCGGGUCAUUGUCAUCACGACCGAGAUUGUGCCACCACUAGCAACCCUGCGAUCAUUUUCCACUUUUAUGUGA